UUUCCACCCGAGGUCGAUUCUAAGGCGGAUAUCCAGCUGUUGGAAAUCCAAACUCCUCGGUUUUUCUUUAUUUUUGUGUCAAUUUCAGCCAUUUUCUCUCUGAAUUUGGGGAAUGUAUCAGCUUUAAUCCAAGAGUGCGGUCGCUAUGCGCUGUAUACACGAGUCUAAUAGUUAGUGUUUGACCAAAUUGACUGUUUAGUCGUGUGUCGUUGUAAAACAGUGACAUGGAGAAAAUCGAGAGCUACAUAUUCUCAGCUCUAUGCAGCGUCAACUUCUUGGUGUCUUGCCUGCUGUUCUCCAAAAUGACGAGGGUACAGCGGGAUCCCUACAUGGACGAGAUCUUCCACGUCCCGCAGGCUCAGAGAUACUGCGUGGGGAAAUUCAAAGAGUGGGACCCCAUGAUCACCACCCUCCCUGGCCUCUACCUCGUCUCAGUGGGCAUCAUUAAGCCGAUGGCGUGGCUCGCCAAAUUGACGGGUAGCAUGGCGUGUUCCACGGCCAUGCUGCGCUUCACCAACGUGCUCUUUAACUGCGGGAACUUCUACCUGCUGUACCUGCUCAUGAGCAAGCUGCACCACAGGGACAAGACACGGUUGAUGCUUCGGCGAAUCCUCUGCACAGUGUCUCUGUCCACCUUCCCCGUGCUUUACUUCUUUACCUUCCUCUACUACACCGACGCCGGAUCCACCUUCUUCAUCCUCUUUGCGUACCUCAUGACACUGUACGGCUGCCACAAGGCCUCGGCGCUGCUCGGCGUCUGCGCCGUGCUCUUCCGCCAGACCAACAUCGUCUGGGUGGCGUUUUGCGCCGGCGCCGUGGUGGCUGCCAAGAUGGACGACGUCUGGAGGGUGGAGUACGCGAAGAAGAAGGACGAGAGACUCUCCACCGUCCGGGUGCCACUUUCGUCUCUAGGAGUGAAGAAAGUGAUUACGUUCUCGUUGGAUUUCUUCACCUCGCCUGAAACCGUGAAGGCGGUGAUACAAGUGACCUGGCCUUACGCCGUGGUGGCAGCGGGUUUCCUGCUGUUCAUGUUGUUGAACGAAGGGAUAGUGGUGGGUGACAGGCAGAGCCACCAAGCCUGCUUCCACUUCCCUCAGGUCUUUUACUUUUUCUGCUUCACCUACUUGUUCUCUCUCCCGGUGUCGCUGUGCCUCCACCGAACUCUCCGCUUCAGCAACGCCCUGAAGAAGCAUCCUGUGUUCUUCUCUUUUCUCACCAUUGUCUCCUUGUUUCUGGUUUGGAAAUUCACUUACGUCCACAAGUACCUCCUGGCUGAUAACCGCCAUUUCCCCUUCUACAUCUGGAAAAACAUCUACCAGAGGCACAAGCUGGUCCGCUUCCUGCUCGUCCCGGUUUACAUUUUCACCGGGUGGAACUUCCUGGAGACCUUAAAGUCCCGCUCUUUCUUCAUGAGCCUGGCCUACCUGACCUGUCUCGUCUUAGCCACAAUUCCCCAGGAGCUCCUGGAGUUCAGGUACUUCAUCAUCCCGUACCUGAUGUACCGUCUCCACAUGCCUCUCUCACCCUUUUCACGGCUAGUCGGCGAGUUCCUGCUGUACACGGUCGUGAACGUCGCCACCAUUUACCUGUUUCUCACCAAGAGCUUCUCCUGGCCCUUGACCCUGACCACACAGAGGUUCAUGUGGUGAGGAGGCGUCAGGAAAAACAGGAAAUGGUUACCAGUUUUGGGCAUCAGAAACUGAAUAAAAAUCCAUCAGUUCAAUCAAAAAUUGUACGGCCACAUUUCUGAGCCUCAUUCCAAGAAAAGCUGACUGACAUCAACAGAGACUAUUGUGAAAAUAUUGCUGCUGUAGUCUGGGAGAAUAUGUUCCAUCUGGAGAAGCUUUUUUUGGCUGUUUUUUUUUUUUUUUACAGUGAAAUGUGUGCAUUUCCUUCUUGCACCCAUUAUUUCCUCUACUGUAAAUGGAAGAAGUGAAGUCCACUAAGCAAGUUUCCUAAACAGUAUUUAAAAUUUCAGAAUCUUAAAAGGCAGUGAAUGUAUCGUAGAUCACAAACAACGCCUCUGCAUUUAGGAUAGUCCAAAUUUGACAAGAUUCUAAAAUAUAGCUGAUCUAAAUGUAUUCAGAUCUCAGGAAAAGCAAGAAAUAUCCCUUUACCAUGCUGCCAAAUCAGAAUCAAACUUCAGCAUUGUAUAGUGUCACAAUGGUUCAGAAAAUACAACUCAAAUAUUGGGAAAUAUUUUGUACUCCAAUGUUCAUUUGAGACUUGAGAAGUUUGGAGUUUUGAAGUAGAAAACAAAUAGGAAGCCUGUCUAAGGAAACUCUGCUAACUUGAGCUGUAAAUGUGAUAACAGCUGCUGAUUAUUUCUCGCAUUCACAAUAUCGUCCUUCUGGACGCUCUUUUUUGUUUUUAGGUGUUUUCAGGCACAAAAUGAAGCCAUGUGACGUUUUUUAGCAGCCAUUCGUCGAACCCCUGACUGGAAACCUUUUGUACUAGUUUACGCAACAGAUGAUCUGAAGACCUUUCUCUUUUCCACCACAUAGUUUGGUAGCCGAUCCCCAGUCAUAUUAAAGAUUAUGAGGGUAGUGUAACACAGCGCUACUCAUUUCCACGUUGUUGCUGCGCACUGCAGGGUCAGCUGGCAGAAAGAAGAUUCCUACUUCAACCAAGAAAGACAAAUUCUGCUGUGUAAAUCUACAUUCAGUCACAGAACAAUACGUCUUAAAGGAUACUUGCUACUUUUCUGUUCUCGUUUAGGAUUCUACUGUAGUUUGUUAGUGGUGGUAAAAUGUGGGUACGAAUUAGUGAAGGGGUUAACUGAUCCGAAGCCGAAUAAAGAGACCAAAAAUGUCUUCUUCUUUUCUUCUUUUUUUUGGGCCAAACGAAGAACACUGAUGUUCAAAACUUUACGUUAGUGGGAUUGUUAGCUUGAUUCCACGAAGGUAGAAAUGGGAAUUUUUUCCAUAACUAGCUUAGUAUUAUCAAAAGCCAUGAAUAUUCACCGGAGCUAAACAAUAAAUCAAUGCAGGAUUGGGGGUUUAGUGUUUUUUUGGGGGGCACUGUCAUGUUUUUGUCUUUGCUAAUUUGCGUACAUGUGAUUAGCUUAGCUAGUUCUGGUUUUACCCAGCGUCUGUCUGUGAUAGAAUAUAAUACCUGAUGUUAUUUUUCUACCUUUGUUUGUAGUCAGGUUAGCUUUGUAGACCCGCGCAGCAGCAUGCAACGGUUUCGGUAAAAACACCUGCUUCGAGAUCAGUUUGCCAUCUUUCUGAACGGUGCUGCUUCCACUUGCCUGCUGUUGUACAACUUAACUCUGGUUCACGUUGUUUUGAAACGUUUUUCCUUUGGAUUUUUCCUGUGUCCAGCUCCGGUCCAGCCAUUCCUCCCCUUUUUGAUAUGAAUUUGAAUAAAACAUAUUGCAACAAAACAAA